AUAUAUAUAUAUAUAUAUAUAUCUCUCUAUCUCUCAUCUUUAAAUUAGCUGCCCAAGUUUCUUUGGAAGGAGAAUUUGGGCGGUGUUGUUCAGCGAUCCUUCUCCAAGAAACGAAUUCAAGAUUCAAGAAAUGUCGGCCAUUUCCAAUUUCACGGCGUGCCGGCGUUUCGAAAAUGGAGCUGCUGCAUUAAGAAAUGACUUACCUGGGGUUAGUUUGAUUAAUAAGAAUGUUCUAACAACCAAGAUUUCUACACCAUUCCACAAGGUGUCACUUGUUCAUUCAAAAAGGAUAUUUAAAGGUUCAAAUAUAAGAAUGACAAUGGUAGAUGAGAGACUUUCCAGGGGGAAGGUUGUUGUGCCAUCUGAAGUAUUGGCAUAUGAGCUCGUUCAAGGAGCAAAAGUAAGAUGGAGUUAUAUCACGGAGGGAUCUUUGCCCGAACCACCAACUGCUGUUCUCUUGCAUGGUAUUCUUGGCAGCAGGAAAAACUGGGGAAGCUUUGCAAGGAGAUUGGCCCAAGAAUUUCCGAAAUGGCAGUUUCUCUUGGUGGACUUGCGGUGCCAUGGCGAUUCAGCAUCUCUCAAGAAGAGAGGCGCACAUACAGUUGCAUCAGCUGCUCUUGAUGUCUUAAAGCUGCUUGGCCAGCUCAGACUGACUCCCCGAGUUGUAGUUGGUCACAGCUUUGGAGGAAAAGUUGCAUUGAGCAUGGUUGAGCAGGUUGCGAAACCUCUUGCACGGCCAGUUAGAGUCUGGGUUCUAGAUGCUACUCCAGGAGAGGUUCGAGCUGGUGCAGAUGGAGAUGAUCAUCCAGCUGAAUUGAUAUCAUUUCUGAGUAAAUUACCAAAAGAGGUCUCUUCAAAACGAGAUAUUGUGGAGGCCCUUAUACAAGAAGGUUUUUCCAGGGAUGUAGCACAGUGGGUGGUAACUAACCUUCGUCAAACCAACUCUGCUGGCUCAUCUCCUUCACCUUUGUCAUGGGUGUUUGAUCUCAACGGUAUUGCUGAAAUGUAUCAAUCAUAUGAAGAAACAAAUUUGUGGAAAAUUGUGGAAGAUGUUCCUCGGGGUGUGCAUGUUAACUUUUUGAAAGCAGAAAGAAGCCUGCAUAGGUGGGCCCUUGAGGAUAUCAGAAGAAUCCAUGUUGCUGAGGAACAAGCUGUGGAGGAGGGAGGUGGAGUUGAAAUGCAUGUCCUCGAAGAUGCAGGUCAUUGGGUACAUGCUGAUAACCCAGAUGGGCUAUUCAAGAUCCUUUCAUUUUCCUUCCAAGGAUUUUAGGCUUAAGGACUUCGAAAAGCGGUUGUGAACCCCUUCAAGACCUAUAGCGAUUGCAGAAGGUCCAAUUUUUUUGUAGCAUAGUGUAUAUCAUCUCAUUAUGAUUGCUUGUUCUAGAAUGUGCUUUGCAGAGAUUAGAUUGGUGGGCUUCACCUUUAAAGCUGAAUACACGAUACAGAACUGGGCAAAGAACUUCUUUACCAGUCAGUCUGUUGGGGUCAUUUGACACUAGCUUUACUGGGUAAUUUUCCCCAUGAAUGUAAGAGAAUUUAUCUGUCUUCAAACAAAAAUACUACCACUUCAUACAUCGAAUGGCAUUCUGGAAAACUGAGGCCCACUAAAUACUUAUUCCUUUCGUUGAA